AUGAUAGACGAGUAUAAAUUAGCACUGAUAUUUCAAAGUAGAGAGAGUUCAGAAAUAGUAGAUAAAAUAUGCAAUAAAUUAGAAGAACUAACAGGAGAAAAUCACAAAAGCAUUAAGUUAUGGUUAGCUAUUAUAGAAAGGCGAGCAAAUGAAGUAGAAAACUUGUAUAAGGAUGGAGUUAAUUUAGAGUAUUUACCUUUUGCCAAAAUCACACCGUUAAUACAAACAGUUGUUAAUGGUGAUAUUAAUACUUUAUCAAUAUUAAUUUCAAGUGGAGCUGAUAUUAAUAAACCUAACAAUGAUGAAGAUCAAGCUAGCCCUUUAUAUUGCUCUUUGGGCUAUUAUGGACAACCAAUUGAUAUAAAAAUAGUUGAAUUUUUACUUAGAAACGGAUCUGAUGCCAACAAACCAAUGUUUGACGAGGACACACCAAUGCAUAUGGCACAUUAUUAUGGGCACAAAGAAGCUAUAAAAUUGUUAUUGCAAUAUAAAGGCAACAUUAAUGCCCAAAAUACAGAAGGUAAAACACCAUUACAUUAUUUAUUAGAAACUAAAAACGUGAAUUCAGUUAUUAAGUUAGAAAUAAUAAAAGAGUUUUUGAAGAAUUAUAAUUUGACAGCAAAUGAUCAAAAUCGUAAAACUGUAAUUGACUAUGCAAACGAACAUUUAUCAGAAGCAUUGUUAUUGUUUACUAUAAAAGACGUUGAUUGCAGUUUAUCAGAUCGCUAA